AUGGAUGUUCCUACGGGAUCCGUGUUGACAGGGGAGCUGGUAGUAUCUGCCGAGCCAUACCUCAAUAUCCGGAGCAUCGAGAUCAGGCUGGAGGUUCUCUACCGUUACCUGCACGAGCCAAGGGUCUGGAAACAAGGCAUCAUCUUCAAUUUGCAUCGGGCUUUCCAUCCAGAAGAGGUCAAUACCUCUGUGAGCGAGGAUGGAACGCUCUUAUAUCACAAGCUGUAUUUCGCGAUUACCAUCCCAUCGAGCAUGCCGACAUUCGAGCAGACGCGGGCUACGAGCAUGACACACCAGGUCAUCGCUGUCACUGAGCUAGGAUUCAACUCCAGCUCACAAGGUUUCCUCAAGCAUAUCCGGAGAAGCUCUUCUAUUGAACAUCUGGAUCGUUCGCAAGCAGAUGCGCCUGACCUGGAAACCCAAAGCUUUUCCGGAGGAUACGUCUAUAUGCCUAUGUUGGAUACGAAGCGUGAGACCAAAUACCACAGCAGCGAUACAAAGGCGGAUUCGAAUGUGGAUCGUAUCACACAGACCCUGACCAAGAGCAUCGUCAUCGCCGCACACUUGGACCCCACGUUUGGGACAUACAAAUUGAGGCUGAGAAAGUCGAACACUUUCGGAGGUGCUGGGAAAUGGGACUUUUACCUCUGGAGCGACUCUUUCUCGGUCGGCAGCUACCUCUUGGCUCGCUUCGAUGUUAGCCAAAUCCCGAGCAAUUGUACUAUAUUUGCACUGAGGCUCAGCCUAGUCCAGAGUUUGCAUACGGUACCGAUCGACGAGUUUAUCGCCGAUAAUCUCACUGGAGGCGGGACGGAACACAAGCCUGAAGAGACUGUCCUGGCGUCAAUAGGCCAGCUACCUAAGUCGCCUCGGCCUAAAAGCGACGCUCCUGCGUUAUGGAGAGGCCCGGAGCUUCUCGGUAGCGAUUUCAACGCCGAGAGAUCCCUGGAAGACUCGGUCUUCCGUUGGGAGACUGGCAAGCUGAGAAUACCAGAUGAAAAGGUUGUGCGGCCAAGUACUUCGGAAGGAACGAUAUCACCAAUCAGGAUCAGGCAUGCUGUGACUUUAAAGGUGUUCUACUCCAUCCGGGGUUUGACCUUACAGAACGAGAAGAUUACUGGCGACGAUCAGAGUGGAGAUCUGCGCAUGCUGGUUAUGCCAGCGCCGGUGCGCCUGCCUUCGUGCAUAUGUAUCGUGGAGCGGGUCAAGCUGCCCGAAUAUGCACCGCAGUCCCCUCAAUCGACCGGGGCUACCAGGCCGCCAGUCUGCGCGUGCUGUUGCAAGAUGGAUGAAUUCGACUGUCCCGCAUUCCCCGACGAAUUUGUCGACGAGGAACCCCAGGUAGAAGAAGCAAGACAUCGCAAGCCGCCCUUGUCCGCCGCUCGACGAAAUAGUUCUCCGCGUCAUGGAGACCCGACUUAGAGUCAGGAUGCUCAGUGCAAAGAAAUAUGCAAUGACACACAAGUGUCUCCCCCAACCUCUUGGAGGAACAACCUAUUACAACGUAAACGAUGAGAAAGCGAAAUUGUCCAUUCUCCAGGGCAUCUACGCGGUUCGGACCUCGGCAGCAGCAAAGCGACCGUCCAGACCCAUGCCAACCCCCAUCGCUACACCCAGGCCCAUUCCGACACCUUUCAUUCGUUGGCGGUAUUCCCUGCGGUAUUUCAUCCGCACCAGGGUCAUGUAGAAUACCACCAGCAGGCCGAUACCCAUAAGAGAGCAGUAUAUCGCCAAGCCUAUAGGAAGCACGGCCAGGUGUUGUCCCGGGAAAGCGGCACUCUAUGUAGAUGCGAACGCGUGAAGUCAUCGUCAGCGGACCCAGUCGAGAUAUAAGUCAACAAUGCCCAUUGACGUACCUCUUCAGCC